AUGAAGAAAGCCCUUGGGUUAGUUCAACCUCGAAAUGGAAGUGAAAAGAUAGAGAGUAUUCUAAGAGAAUAUAUAGACGAGUUAAAUUCACGAUCAUUUCUUGAGGAUUUCAAAGACUAUGGCUACUAUUACAAGUUCAAAGUACAUGAUUUGAUACAUGAUCUUGCAAUACAUGUUGUGAGAGACUACUUUGUAUUGACUUUGCCAACCUCAAUUGCCAAAUUGAAGCACCUGUGUGUUCUCUAUAUUAGAGAUAACCACCAAAUUAAAACACUUCCGCGCUCUAUUUUCAAACUCCAGAGUUUGCAAGUUUUGUCCCUCGUUGGAUGCACGGAACUUGAAACAUUGCCCGAAGGAUUCGGGAAGUUGACAAGCCUUAGAAAACUGUAUAUAACCGCAAAACAACUUUUUCUGUCACUGGAUGAAUUUGCAAGCUUGAAUCAUCUUCAAGUUUUGGGUUUAUAUAAUUGUGACAAUAUGAAGCAUUUGGUCAGCAGGGCAGAAACACUAUUCACUUCUCUUGAAGCAUUGUAUAUUCAAUCUUGUAAGAGCUUGGAGUCUUUCCCUCUUUAUAUUUUCCCGAAAUUGCAAACUCUGGUAAUUAAAGAUUGUCCGAUGUUCAGUCUGUCGUUGAACUAUGAAGGCCCAAUCCGGAGGCAGAGAUUGAGGUUGAAACAUCUGCAUCUUAAGAGUUUUCCACAACUUUUGAAACUGCCUAGAUGGAUUGAAGAUGCAGCAGAGAUUUUAGAAACCUUGAAAAUUCGAAAGUUUCCAAAACUCAAGAUGCUUCCUGAGUUUCCAACAUUAAUGACUCAUCUCAAAAGCCUAUAUAUUGAUCUAUGUCCCAAACUUUUGAGCCUUCCAAGUGACAUGCAUCGUCUCACUGCACUUGAAGAACUUCGCAUUUAUCGUUGUCCUGAGUUGUGCCAAAAAUUACGGCCCCCAUCUGGAGAGUACUGGCCCAUGAUUGGCCGCAUCAAGCGAAUUUCUAUUGGAAAACAUUAA